CUCGUCCUCAUCCCCAUCCCUUUCCGCUUCCCCUGCCCCUGCCCUUUUAUCUAACCCUCAACUAGUACAUGGACUUAUUGGCCCUUCCUCCGACCCUCAAAUGCGAACUGAAUUUACUUCAGUUCCAUCGCCUUCGGUUCCACCUUCUUCUUCUUCAACGCAACACUCGAAUUAUGAAGAAGAUACCCGAUUCAUGAUAGCCCCAUUUGGAGAUUCAUUCACGGAUUCUACGCGUGUUGUGAGGAGACUUAAUAAAAUAAUCGAUAACUAUUGGAUGGGGCAAUUUAGUAGUUGGACCACUGCUCCAAAAGAAGUAAAGGAAUUGUGGUGGAAUGAGUUCAAGCGGAAGUUCAGGUGGGAUGAAGCGGAAGAGAAAGAAGUUAAAAGAAUUUUUAAGAAGAAAGCCGGUGAUCACAUGCGAAAUGUGAUGAAUAGAGCAAAGAGAAGACAGGAAAAGCCGGAUUUUAUUACAGCUGACAAUUGGGCGGAAAUCAAAAGAAUUUGGGACACCGAAAAGCAUAAGCAAAUCAGUGAAAUUAAUAAGAAGAAUCGAGCUUCUAGUUCUAGUGAAGAGUCUGCCACAUAUGCUGGGGGCUCUAUUAAUAUCGGGGAGCAUAGAAAAAGAAUGGCAGAUGAAUUGGGGACGGAACCGACAUUUAUGGCUACAUUUGAACGCACAUUUCAGAAAAAAGAUAAGACAUGGACUGGCAAUCAAGUAAAAGCUAUUAAGGACAAAUAUGAUGAACUUGUAAUGAGCACGGCUGCUGCUAGUGGUGAUGGCGAUGGUGAUGGUGAUGGUGUUGCUGCGUCCGAGCCAUCGGUUGACAAUAUGGCAUUAUGGGUGGAGGCAUCAGGUGGAAUGAGAAGAGGUCAAAUAUUUGGGAUGGGAUCCUUGUCAAGGAUGUACAGAAGGCCAGCUGCUGCAACUCCAUCCUCCAGUGCGGCUUUUUUAAAGGCACAACACGAGCAGCGAACGGACCAAGAAUUGAACCACCUGAAACAAUUACUUGUACAGAAGGACGAAGAAAUAAGAGGAGUGAAACAACAUUUGCAAUCGAUCAUGCGACACCUCAACCUCGAAGCUGAUGACGUUCCUCCUAUACCUCCUACUAAUCCAAUAAGUGAUGGCCACAAUGAUGAUGAUAAUGAGAUUGCUGAUGAUGAUGAUGAUCCUUGCUAGUAAAAAUUUCCAAGAGGUACUUAUAUCUUUAUGCUUCUGCUGUUGAAUAGAUGUAAAAAAAUUAACAGGGGUUAGGAGUUUGAUAUUGUGAUGUUUGCGCUGCAGAUGGACAGGACUUCGAUUCUUGGAGAACACUAUAGACUACGUGAAAGAACUUCUUGGCAAGAUCAA